GGGGGAGAGAGUGAGAAAUGCAGAGGCAGCAGCCGCGGUAGCGGCGGCAUUGCUCCAGCAGGCACUAGUCACUCCAGUCCCGGCGAGCGAGCAGGGGAGAACCACAGCACUCAGAGGAAGUCGAGCGGGCUCCGGGCUACCUGGGACUCUCUUUGUGACACUCCAGCUCACAAACACACAGGGGUAGAGAGGAGAAACAGAAAAAGAGCUCCAAUAUGGGAGGCAAACUGAGCAAGAAGAAGAAGGGGUACAGUGUGAAUGAUGAAAAAGCUAAAGACAAAGACAAGAAGGCUGAAGGAGCAGCAACUGAGGAAGAGGAAACUCCAAAGGAGGCUGAGGAUGCUCAGCAAACCACAGAGACCACAGAAGUGAAAGAGAACACCAAGGAGGAGAAGGGUGAAAAAGAUACUCAGGUCGCUGCCAACAAGACAGAGGAAAAAGAAGGAGAGAAGGAGAAAGCAGUGACCCAGGAUGAAAGCCAGAAACCAGAACCUGAGAAGUCAGAGGCUGUUGUUGAUGGCAAAGUAGAGCCACAGAAGAACAACGAACAGGCACCCAAGCAAGAGGAGCCAACUGCAGCCUCUGCUCCUGCUGCCAGUAGCGAAGCACCCAAAACUUCUGAGCCUAGCAAUGAUGCAAAAGCUUCAGAGGCCACAGCUCCCAGUAAAGCAGAUGACAAGAGCAAAGAGGAAGGGGAAGCCAAAAAGACUGAGGCUCCCGCAACACCUGCAGCCCAAGAAACUAAAAGUGAAGUGGCCCCAGCUUCAGACUCAAAACCUAGCAGCAGCGAGGCUGCGCCUUCUUCCAAGGAGACGGCAGCAACGGCAGCACCUAGUUCCACUGCUAAGGCCUCAGACCCUGCAGCCCCGCCAGAGGAAGCGAAACCUUCUGAAGUUCCAGCGACUAAUUCGGAUCAAACCAUAGCAGUGCAAGAUUAAACUGGACAGCCUGUUGAAACAACCACUUAAAACAACCUGUGUCUUUUUUUUUUGUUUUUAUCUUUUCAGCUAUACUAACUCAUUUCAGUUCUGAAAUAAUGAAUAUGUAUUGCCCAGAAAGAAAGGGAGAAAAAAAAAAAAUAAUAGUUAAAACAACGUCCCAUCAAGUUGGGAG